AGGCUCAAUAGCCGAAAUAGCACAUUCAGCAAGUCGUUAAUCGCGGAGAAGCGUUUUCUCGCUCGAGUAGACGGGAUGGUGGCGACUGGUAUGAUCUGGUCUCUUGUGUUUCUCGGGCUAUCAGGCGCGUCUGGCAUGCAGCUGGCAACGAGCGGGUGGCUCGAGAACGUGGCGCCCAACGCGACGUCCGCGCGGUUCACGCGCGCGGAGUGCAGCACCUGGCAGGUGGGUCAAGGCUGCUGCACGCCACUGGGAAAUACCGCGUCUGCGUGGACCUUCGCUUCUCAUGGGGUGCAUGGCACUUGGUCCAGCACCACCGCGUUCAUCCGCUUCGACUUCCAUGACGAUACGAUCUGCGGUGGCGUGGCGAAUGCCAGGCAAUACGGGAGCGCAGUUCUCACCUUGAACGACGCUUCGCCCAUCGACCUGACCCUUGCGAUGACAGGCGUCGCUGAGGCCAAUUUCGAAAAGUUUGAUCUAUACGUGGACAACGUCCUGCAUACCACGGUGCAAGCUUCAAACGGCCACGGGGGCAGCGCAUGCCAGGUCAGCACCUGCAUCAUGUGCGAUGUCAACAUGCCCUCGCAGACAUUCUCGCUUUCAGCUGGGCCGCACACAAUCAAGGUAGAGGUUGAUUCUCGCGACGGUCUGUUCCACAGGGGCGCUUACUUCCAGAUGACCUUCGGCAAAAGCAGCCCGACGUGUGGCGGAUGCACCUGCUCGGAGGCGACGCCCAGCCCGACGCCCUACCCGACGCCCAGCCCGACGCCCUACCCGACUCCUUACCCUACGCCCUACCCGACGCCCAGCCCGACGCCCUACCCCACGCCCUACCCCACGCCCUACCCGACUCCCUAUCCGACGCCCAGCCCGACGCCUUUUCCCACGGCUUUCCCGACGCCCUACCCCACGCCUUACCCGACGCCCUACCCCACGGCCUACCCGACGGCCUUCCCAACGCCCAGCCCGACGCCCAGCCCGACGUAUCCUCCAGGUUGGCCGACGCCACACCCGACGUUUCCUGCUGGAGCUCCCAUGGCGGGUGGAGCCGGCGGAUCGGUGGCUGCCACUGGCGAUCCGCAUUUGCAGAACAUCUUUGGUGAGCGGUUCGACUUGAUGCAGCCCGGCAAGCAUGUUUUGAUACAGAUUCCGCAGGGAGAGCGUGCCGAGAUGACGAUGCUUCAUGUAGAGGCCUUGGCGCAUAAUUUGGGUGGACACUGCGCAGACAUGUACUUUCAAGAAGUAAAUCUCACAGGUUCGUGGGCGGAGGCGAGGCAGGCUGGCGGUCUUCGUUUCAGCGUUCAGGGUGAAGGGAUGAAAUGGACAAAGUUCGGGGUGGUAGAGAUAAAGAUUGCCCGUGGUCGCACACAGCAGGGCACCCAGUAUCUGAAUUUCUACGUCAAGCACCUCGACCGCGCUGGGUUUGCAAUCGGAGGGUUGUUGGGAGAAGAUGAUCACACGCAGGCGUCGAUGCGGCCGGCGGAGUGUUUCCGGCACCUCUCCCUUUGAGCCUCGCCUGUGUGCAACGUUCAUGUCGGAUGCAGGGGCAGAUCUCUAAUGAUUUCGCUUAGACGCGUCGGCGGCAGCAAGGCGGUUGACCCGACAUCCGAGCCCACUUCUGAGAAAGCACGUAAGAAGUUCUGAGCACAAGCGCGUUUUGGGGCACGCCUAUGUAUGUAU